AUGUCUGGAAUAGGAAUGAUGGACCCGGCGUUUUUCGUCGGACGAAACGAGCUCGUCUUGUGGGUGAACACUUUGUUGCGGAUGAAAAUUCAAAAAGUCGAACAGUGCGCCUCGGGGGCGAUUUAUUGUCAAAUCAUGGACGCCGCGCAUCCAAACAUCGUUCCGAUGCACAAGGUUUCCUUCCAAGCCAGAGCAGAGCACGAGUACGUGCAAAAUUAUAAGGUGUUGCAAACCGUGUUCGAUAAGCUGAAGAUUGCGAAGAAUAUUGAAGUAGAAAAGUUGUGCAAAGCGAGGCCGUUGGAUAACUUGGAGUUUUUGCAGUGGAUGAAACGGUAUUUCGACGUGACCGUGGGAGAGGCGACGGACGGGUACGACCCGGUGCAACGACGAAUGGCGAGUAAAGGAGGAGGAGGGGGAGGACAAAAUAUGAACUCGAUAUCGUCGACGUCCUCUGGCUCGAUUGCGGCGGGUUCUAAGAAACACCAAACGACGACGGCGAAACGCCAACCGCAAACGCGCGAUAUCGAUAGCACUCUUUUCGCUUCAACGACGACGACGACAAAACACUCGAACCAAAAUAACAACGACGCAUUAGCACACACGAAUAACAACAACAACAGAAAAAACAACAACGCCGAAGUCGCAGCAGCAGCAGCAACAGCAGCCAUGCGAGAAGAUUUAGCGUCUCUACGCCUGGAGGUUGAAAAAGCAGAACGCGAGCGAGAGUUUUAUUUCGAAAAGUUGCAAGACAUCGAGUUCAUUUGCCAACGACCGGAGUUUGAAAACGAAGUUUUAGCCAAGUGCAUAGAGAAAAUUUUAUACUUUACCGAAGGGAAACCGAGCGUGGAAGAUAUCAUACUCGAGUGCGGAGGCAAACCAAUCGUAAAUCUGGCGGCGAAGAAGAGCGCGACGCCAAGGCGCCAAGGAGGAUCGGUCGCGCGGGUCGGCGAUGAAAACGCCGCACCAGUCACAGCAACAACAACAACGGCCAGUAAAGCAAAGACACUUCCAACCCCAUCGCCAACGUCUCUGACGUCGCCUUUGAGUGCGAUGAACACGCCACCGCCGAUGUUUGAUGUCAACGUGGCGGCGAAACUUUCAGCGAUGAAAAUAAGCACCAACAAGAGUAGUAAAUAA